GAGUGGGUCGUAAAUUCUUGUUUAAUUCCAAUCCAAUCGCUGAAGCAACAGGUUGUAAAGCGGCAUUUCCUAUUUGUCUGUUAAAUAAGUGAGAUUAUUUCUUCAAGUACUCAAGAAAUCAAUAAAAUGGCCUGCACCAAGUUCCUAACUUUCAACAAUGGAGAGAAGAUGCCCAUAAUUGGCAUCGGCACCUGGCAGGCAUCCGAUGAGGAAAUUGAAACCGCAAUCGAUGCAGCACUGGAAGCUGGCUAUAGACACAUAGAUACAGCGCCAGUCUACGGCAAUGAAAAAGCCAUCGGAAGAGUCCUCAAGCGUUGGCUGGACGCCGGAAAGGUGAAGCGGGAGGAGCUAUUCAUUGUCACCAAGGUGCCACCUGUCUCCAACCGCCCUCACGAAGUGGAGCCCACCAUCAAAAAGUCGCUGGAAGAUCUGCAGCUGGAAUAUGUAGACUUAUAUUUGGUGCACACUCCCUUUACCAUCCUGAUCAACGAGGACGGCAGCUUCAAGCUUGACAAGGAUGGCCUAAUGGAGGUCGAUGUGACCACCAAUCACGCCGCCAUCUGGGUUGCUAUGGAGUCUCUGGUGGAGAAGGGUCUCACGAAAUCCAUCGGUGUGUCCAACUUCAGCAAGGAUCAGGUGGCCCGCCUGCUAAAGAACUGCAAAAUCCGCCCGGCCACCAACCAGAUUGAGCACCAUGUUUACCUGCAGCAGCGUGAUUUGGUCGAUUAUUGCCAGUCCGAGAACGUCACGGUAACCGCCUACUCCCCACUGGGGUCCAAGGGAAUCGCCAAGUUUAACGCAGGCGCUGGCAUCGUGAGGGAUCUGCCAGAUCUGAUGGACAUCCCGGAGGUCAAAGAGAUCGCUGCCGCCCAUGGCAAGACGCCUGCCCAGGUGCUGCUCCGUUGGAUCAUCGACACUGGUGUGGCCGCCAUUCCCAAGAGCACCAAUCCCGAUCGCCUCAAGCAGAAUCUGGAUGUCUUCGACUUUGAACUGACGGCGGAGGAGGUGGCCAAGUUGUCCAGCCUGGAUAAAAACAUUCGCGUCUGUGACUUUGCCUUCUUCAAAGGUGUGGAAAGACAUCCGGAGUUCACCUUCAAGAAUCAGUACACCAACUAAGCUACAUAACAGUUUUAAAAGGCGUAUAAAAACAAGGAUAUAUUUUUUACAAAACAUUACUUCAUAUAGUAUGGAAAGAAUGCACGAUAAGUUAAUUUGGUAAAAUUUUUCAAACAAUUAUUUGAAGCCAGACUGCUGUCAUUAUUAUCCACAUAUAUAUUUAAAUACUCUGUGUUUUAUGUUUGAUACUUUAUAAAUUAUUUAAAUUCGA